CGCUCACUCGCGGCAGCUGUCUGGGCGCCGUAGUCACCGCGCCGCUCCUGCUGGGGGCUGCCCACGCCAGCCACCUGCUUGUGUCGCCUCCUCUUCCAGCUCCCAGCUCCCCCUGGCCAGAACAUCCCCCAAGAUGGCAGAGGAGGGCAGCAGUACCAGGGACUGUGAGUCCCUCAGCGUGCUCAACUGGGAUCAGGUUAGCCGGCUGCAUGAGGUCCUGACUGAGGUCGUGCCCAUCCAUGGACGGGGAAACUUUCCAACCUUGGAGAUCACCCUUAAGGACAUCGUCCAGACUGUCCGCAGUCGGCUGGAGGAGGCGGGCAUCAAGGUUCAGGACGUCCGACUGAAUGGCUCUGCGGCUGGCCACGUUUUGGUCAAAGAUAACGGCCUGGGUUGCAAAGAUCUGGAUCUCAUCUUUCACGUGGCUCUUCCCACAGAGGCAGAAUUUCAGCUGGUGAGAGAUGUGGUCUUGUGUUCCCUUCUGAACUUUCUGCCGGAGGGCGUGAACAAGCUCAAAAUCAGCCCGGUCACCCUGAAGGAGGCCUAUGUGCAGAAGCUGGUGAAGGUUUGCACAGACGCAGACCGCUGGAGCCUGAUUUCCCUCUCCAACAAGAACGGCAGGAACGUGGAGCUCAAGUUUGUUGACUCCAUCCGGCGCCAGUUUGAGUUCAGCGUGGACUCCUUUCAGAUCAUCCUAGACUCUUUGCUCUUUUUCUAUGACUGCUCCAAUAAUCCCAUCUCUGAGCAUUUCCACCCCACCGUGAUCGGGGAGAGUGUGUACGGGGACUUUGAGGAAGCCUUUGACCAUCUCCAGAACCGGCUGAUCGCCACCAAGAACCCCGAGGAAAUCCGAGGCGGGGGUCUUCUUAAGUACAGCAACCUCCUGGUGCGGGACUUCAGGCCUGCGGACCAGGAGGAAAUCAAGACUCUCGAGCGUUACAUGUGCUCCAGGUUUUUCAUCGACUUCCCAGACAUCCUGGAACAGCAGAGGAAGCUGGAGACCUACCUUCAAAACCACUUCGCCGAAGAAGAGAGAAGCAAGUACGACUACCUCAUGAUUCUUCGCAGGGUUGUGAAUGAAAGCACCGUGUGCCUGAUGGGGCACGAACGCAGGCAGACCCUGAACCUCAUCUCUCUCCUGGCCUUGCGGGUGCUGGCAGAGCAAAAUAUCAUCCCCAGCGCCACCAAUGUCACCUGUUACUACCAGCCGGCUCCUUAUGUCAGCGACGGCAACUUCAACAACUAUUACAUUGCCCAUCCUCCAGUUACCUACAGCCAGCCUUAUCCUACCUGGCUGCCCUGUAACUAACCUUAAGACCUGCUGGUUUCCUUAGUGGGAACCCAUUUAGGGCAGGGGCUCUCAGGUAGGAGAGCCUCCUCCUAUAGAUGUAGGUGUUUGGCUUUUUAAAGGGGAGCUCAGCUCUGACUCUGCUUUUCUUUGUGAACCCAUUGGACUAGGUCCUCAGACUAUCUUGAGCCAACCCUAAAAGGACCCGGUAUCACAGUGCCACUCUGGAAGAUGCAAUAGGAAGUGUGACCUCUCUCCACCUUUCUAAGAUAGUCACUAACGUGUCCCUUCCCAGACAUUAGCACAUGGGAUUUGAACUCUGCGCAGUCUCUGAGGUGGGGAGAAUUGGGUGGCAUCUGAGAAGUGUUUGAGGCACUCUUCUUGGCUAAGCCUACAGUCCUCUGCAGGCUCUCCUUUAGGAUUCUCAGCCGCUACCCCGCAAGCUGUGCCAAGAGUCUCCUAUUGUGUUGGUUGUAGUCGGCCCCCAAAGUGAUAAAAAAAACCCACCAGGGUGCUCUUUGUGACUGAGUUUUCAUUCACGGGACUGAGUGUGUCUGUCUAGUCCCUGUCCGCAGAGCUGAGAAUUUCAUUCAUCAAUAAACCAAAGCCAAUAGCUGAAGACUUGAGAUCUGGUUGGAAGUGGUUUAUGGUAGAUGCUUGGCUAUAUCAAGGAGUUUUGAGAUAUUGUGGAGAGAAAAAAAAAUGACCUUUUCUUGAAAUGUAACUUGAAAACAAAAUAAAAUGUGGAACAUAAUGUUAAAGUAGAAUUGUGGUGGUGGCGGGUGGCGGUUGUCAAUAGGAAACACGAAUGUUUUGUUUUUGUUUUUGUUUUUUUCUAUAAGGAGUUCUUAUUGAAUGAUAUGUUUUUCCCCCCUUUAUUGGCUCUCUGAUGACCGACUCUUGUUUGAUCUUUCUGAGAGUAAGGGCUGUGUUGUGUUUAGAGUCACUGUCGUAUCUGACAUGAGGUUCUUCCCGUGGUUUAACUGGAAGCCCAAUUUUUUUAGACAUCAUUCCCAGCAUGACAGCUGUUUUGCUGGAGUACCUUGGCCCCUUCUUCUCCAAUCCCUUCUAAAAUAGCGAUUUCAUUCCCUAUAUAUUUUUCACAGCAGGAUAAUUCGGGAAUUUCCGGAGAAAAGGGUGACAGUGGGCCCACUCUUGAAUUUCACUUCCCGUCUCCAAGUUGCAGGGAAGCAGGGCUUUAGCGUCAUCUGGCCUUGUGUGGUCUAGCUACCAAGGCGCUUUGACAUCACUCUGCUGUGUUUGGGGAGGAGUCAAGAGAGUGACGAAUGACCCUUGUUACUCUGUAGACUUCAGCAUUAUGUUUAUGUUCUGCACUUUAGAAGGAAAACAGUGUUACUAGCUGGUCCAAAGCCAGCAGGCCACGGGGAGAGAUCGAGGUGACUGUCACCUUACCUAGAAGGUUCAGGGGAGAGAUUUCGCCCUUUGGAACUUUCUGUGGGAUAGUUUAGAAGGCAUGGCAUUGGGACACCAGUGGGAAAGGCAUUCGGUAUUGCCAGCAAGCUUGAUUUCUAAAGUCAUUCCAUAAGAUCCAUGAGCUCAGUUUUGACUUCCGGCAACCAUAAAAAAAAAUUCAAAGAUCUGGGCGCUUGCUUUAUAUCUGCUUUAAACAACCUAGUUAUCUUCUUGCAAAAAGGUUUAGUACAAAUGAAGUGGCUGGCCUUUUUCUAGUGCUGUGUUUUCAAGUUUCUUCUGGAAUGUGCUAUAUUGCUCCCCUUAAGAGUUGAUUGAGGUGCAUCUUCACUGGCCUCCACAUUAAGUUAGGUCACCAGAAGCCACUUAGUAUAACUAGUUUCUACUGCCCUGUGAAUCUUCGUUAUUUGUGAAUUUCCUGGCUUUGAGUUCUGUGAGGGGACCUGAGCUGCUUCCGCUUUGGAAGGUAAUGAAAAGCCAACCCAGCUUUGAAAAUCAUCGGUCAUCCAUGACCUUAGGAUGCUGCCAUUGUAGUGAAAUGAGAAGACGCUUGUGCAGAAAUAGGUUGGUUUAAUCAGAGCUUUUGAAGUGGGUUGGAGCCGCCCUCAAUAGAAGCACUUGCUAACAGAGGCAGAAAUCAGAAUUGCUUUGACCAAGAAGGUCGGGGACCAGUGGGGCACUGGAAAAACAUCCGGUGUCUUUUUGGAAUUCUUUCUGCUUUACAUACAUUUUUCCCCCCUCCAGUCUGGCCAUAGUCCCCUGAGGAUGGAGAGACACAGGCAUUGUAAGCCACCACUAUCUGAUGGCCCUCUUGGUAGUUUCUUCGCUUGCCCAGCUGUUUUGUAGUUUGAGAAUUGAUGUGUGUUCUAGAACCAUCAUGGUAAAAAGUUGCUUUGACCAGAGCUCUGUUUUUAAGAUACGACUCCUAGGUUGUGUGUGUCUGGACUUAGAGGUGUGUCUUCCUGCUCUGUGAACCUUCUGCCAAACCAGAAACAGGCCAGGGAACCCUGUAUUUCAGAAACUGUGCUGCACAUAUGUAUCAGACACCCUUACUUGUAGUGACUCCAGCGGUUCCUCUUUGUGUGUGUGUGUGUGUGUGUGUGUGUGUGUGUGUGUUGGGUAAUGUGAGACUUGGCCUUGGCAGAGGGCACUGAAGGGCAGGUGCACGCUCUUUUGAGUCCGUUCUCCCAGUCUGCUCUUCAGAGUCAGUGACAGCUGGGAUGAAGACAGUGCCUUUGCCGUUGAGUGCACGCAUGCACGCACGCACGCACGCACACACACACACAAGCUUGGUUCUUGGCCUUGAGCUCCAGGCUCACCCUCCGCCUUACCCUGGCAAGAAGAUGCUGUUCCCUGAUCAGUCAUUGCAUUGCUGAGCUGAGACUCCGAUUCCUAACGCCUCUAAAUCACAUUCCCGGUGACUGCUUGUGGACUGGGGGAGGCAUGGCCUACACCUAGGAUCUGGUGAGGAGUGAAGUUGAGUAGGGAAAAUGUUUGUAUUGGUUCUUGACUUUUUUUUUUAUUUUUUGGCUUUCCAGUGUUCUCCCCCUCCUGUUUGACUUAACUGAAAAUUUGUGUCUUUAGUGAGCUGUGUGUGGAUCUGUGCCUUGUGGUAUUGCAGCAAGAGUUGCCUUGCUAAGCCCCACAGUCUACUCGCCUUCUAGCUGGUUUGUCGCUAGCCCCGUCAUGGUGGUUUAGGAUUUUACCCAGUACUGCUUUAGUUUUGGGAAAUUGUGCCUUUCGGAACCAACUUUGAUCUUUCUUCUAGUGCUCUUUCUUUUACUGGGAUGCUGUUUCAGGACACUGCUAAUGAUCUUUUCUUAGGCUGGGGCCCUGUGUCAGGACACUGCUGGUCUUAGUUCAAAUGCUAUCUUCUAGAGGCGGGGCUAAAGUAUCACUAUCCAAGCAUGAGGCGGUCCUGAUGGCUCUAGGGCAUUGCUUCCUGGGUGUCUAAUGGACCCUACAUUGGGGAAAACCCUUGGGGGUGGUUCUAGAAAUUGAAAGAUUUCCGAAUUUUCAAAGUUGGAUUUACAUCAUUAUUCUGAGACAGAAUUUCACAGCCGAUCUUGGAAUGUAGUCUAAUUUAACCAAUUGAAUCUAGAGGGUGGAGGAGAGGCUCUUUAACAUCCUGGCGACCUCUCAGGAUUAUUUGUGGGGCUCUCCGAGGAAAGAAAAUUACUUUUUAUUUUUUUGUGAAUUCAAGUGCCUUCAUCUUGUUUACCUAUCACUUUAAAAAAAUACUUUAUAAGCUUACAAGAGUUCUGGAGUUUGCCUGGGCUAUUGAGAUUAUUUGGUGCAAAUUCUCAUGUGUGCUUGCAUAGGAAGAUGAGGUGACCAUCCACUAAAGAGGAAGGAGCUGAUUAACAUGAUUUGUGGUCUUUACAAAAGAGAAUCCAGCUACCUGACCUUUGUGUGUAUGUAUGCACGAACACUUAAUUUUCCCGAAGCAUCUAUUUAUUUCCAAAUUAAUAUGGAUGAAAAUAAAAAUGCCCAUUGGACUACACCGGAAGCUAUCCGUUUCCGUAUUUGCAUAAACCCAAAGUGUUCCUUAGUUCUUCCUCCUUGGUAAUGGUCACUCAUCUUCUUACUUGAUGCAGAUGAGAUUUCUUAUCAGUGCAAAUGUAUUAGAACUUGAUGAAAUAAAGCUUUGAGUUUGAGAAAUAAAGAUAUAUUUAAAAG